GUGUUCCGAGCAUAUGUCCCUCGCCCGGAAACUUCGCCAAGCGCUGCCGCCGCGACUGGUGGCCGCCUUGAUAAUUUCUCGCGACGUCGCAACGUCUCGUCGUGCCUAGCAUGCGGAUACUGUCCUGCGGACAGUCGGCAGUGCCCCGAGUGUAUAAUUACGAUGAUACGAUUAUGGCGAUCGGACGAGGAAAAUGCGCGGCUGCGGAAAUCCGUCGAGUCUAGAAACGGCCAGGGAAAGACGUCUCCUAGUGACUUACGCGCGACCAGGAUGCGGCACUGCGUUUCCAUGACGACCCCGCCGUGGGGAUCAUCUUCCGGCGUCCUCCCGUAACUUAGCAACUGCGAUUUGCCUCAUCAGCGGAUUCCGCGAUCCGCCUCAUACGGAUUACGAAGGGCCCGAGGACUUCUCGAGCCGAGCCUGCUCAUCGAUACGAUGUGAACGACACACACACACACACGCACAAACUGACCACGCGUGAUAGCGGCUCCUUUUCAGAUACACACUGUCUGAAUGUCUACGAAAUGCACGAGUGUAGUUAUGUAGUAUCGCCUGUUGUGCACGCGUAAGAGCGAAUGUCACGAUGACGACGGAAAGUGUCGCCGGGGCGAUCAACGUGGAAAUACCCCACGUGCCGCAGAAGAAUAAUCGCGCCAUGGGAAACAUCAAAGAUGGCAUGAUCGAUUUCCUGGCCGGCUCGCUUGGCGGCGUAGCGCUCGUCUAUGUAGGCCAACCACUGGAUACGGUAAAGGUAAAAAUGCAGACAUUUCCAACCAUAUAUAAGGGUAUGGCAAAUUGCUUUCUGCGUACAUUAAGGACAGACGGUAUCGCGAGGGGUUUGUAUGCCGGAACAAUUCCGGCGAUAGCUGCCAACGUUGCCGAAAAUUCGGUAUUAUUCGCGGCAUACGGUGGCUGUCAGAAGGCGAUUGCUUAUUUAUUAGGUGCACAGAACGUAAAAGAGUUGAGUUCCUUCAGCAAUGCUUGUGCCGGCUUCUUUGCCGCAUUUUUCUCUUCGUUGACGCUAUGCCCGACUGAGUUGAUAAAAUGCAAGUUGCAGGCAAUGAAGGAAGUUGAGCAGAUGCAAACAGCCGCAAACAAAUCCACGAGACCUCAUAUAGGACCGUGGAAUCUGACAAGACAGAUUUUUAGGGAGCAAGGUGUAAGAGGCCUGUUUACAGGUCUAUCAUCGACGAUAGCUCGAGAGAUGCCAGGCUAUUUCUUCUUUUUCGGCGGUUAUGAGGCCACGAGAGAGUUGUUGACGACGAAGGAUCAGAAGCGGGAUGACAUCGGCUGGCAGAAAACAAUGGUAGCUGGCGCGGUGGGUGGCGCAAUGCUCUGGCUAGCAAUAUUUCCCGCUGAUGUGGUUAAGAGCAGAAUACAGGUGCAAAACUUGAAAACACCCGCCUUGAUAGUCUUCAAAGAUAUCAUACGGCAAGAAGGCAUUGGCUCGUUAUACAACGGGUUGACACCGACUUUAAUAAGGACAAUACCAGCAACUGCGACAUUGUUUAUCACUGUCGAAUACACAAAGAAACUUAUGUACGAUUAUUUUUGAAACCGGCUUCAGUAUUUUCAUAUUUUCUAUACCUCUUGAAUCUAAUAUAUUAAAAAAAUAUUUGUUUCAAAACAAUCAAAUUAUGUGCUACAUAAA